AGGAUGGCUCUGCUUCUGCUGAGCCUGGGGCUGAGCCUCAUCGCAGCCCAGGAGUUCAAUCCCCGCACCGUCGUGCAGAGGAACUACAACAUGGCCAGGGUUUCGGGGGUCUGGUACUCUAUUUUCAUGGCCUCAGAUGACCCGAAUCGGAUUAAAGAAAAUGGGGACCUGAGGGUCUUCGUCCGGAAUAUUGAACACUUGAAGAACGGCAGCCUAAAAUUUGAUUUCCAAUACAUGGUGCAGGGGGAGUGUGUAGCCGUGGUCGUGGUCUGCGAGAAGACAGAGAAGAAUGGGGAAUACUCCAUCAACUAUGAGGGCGAGAACACGGUGGCCGUCUCGGAGACUGACUACAGGCUGUUCAUCACCUUCCACCUCCAGAACUUCAGGAACGGGACCGAGACCCACACGCUGGCGCUCUACGCACGGGUCCCACAGCUGGAACCCUCCUUCCUGAGCAGAUUUGAAGAAACCUGCAAAAAGUACGGACUUGGCUCACAAAAUAUCGUCGAUUUGACCAACAAAGAUCCCUGCUACUCCAAGCGUUAGAGGAGCCCGCCAAGGCCUCCCAUGUGACACUUGUCAUUGGAUUUAGGGCCCAUCUUCAUCCAGAAUGAUCUCCUCCUGUCAAGAUCCUUAACUUCACACCUGCAAAGACCCUUUCCCAUCAGAUGCCCUUCACAGGCUCCAGGCACUAGGAGAGGAGCAUGUCCUUUGAGGGACACUCAGGCCACCACAGGCUCCUUCUCUGAGCUGCCCCUCCCUUCUCAGAAAUGGUCCCGGCCCAGUAAAAACCCCCAGGGCCCCCUUCCCUUCCCAGAGCCUGAGCCUCCCAGAGAUAUGCCUCUAAAGGCACCUCUGCAUUUCUGCAUGAGGGUCCCUGAGGGUAAAGGAGUGGAUGUACCUGUGGUGCGUGGUGGCCCCAAGAUGUGGGUGAGAUGGCAACUGGCAACCAAGGCCCUACCCCUCCCCUCUCCGCCCCUCCCCUCCCUGUCCCUCCCCUCUCUGCCCCUCCCCUCCUGUCCCCUCCCUGGGCUCAGCCACUGCCUUUGGGGGAAGAUGAUCAACAAUGUCACAGCUGAGGCAGGUGACUGCACCCCUCUCCAUGUUUUGGUGAAUAAAAGGGAGGUACCACCC